UCUACUUUCUGGUUGCGUUCACGCCGUUCCUACCAUGUAAAACCAAUUAUUUUACAUGUUCUAAAGCAAAAAUGGUUUACUGCGUCGCACCAAACUGCAGCAGUGAUUCAACGAAGGUGUUGAAAGUAGAUGGGGUCGGUUAUUACAAUUUUCCUCGCGACAAGAAGGCCCGAAAAGUAUGGGUAAGACGCAUGCAUCGUCCGUCUUCUUGGGUCCCGUCUCUCGGUGCGAGGGUAUGUUCGAAGCACUUCGUUGCCGGAGAUUACCUGUUGGACCCAGCCAUAUGCCGUGCGAUAGGAUUUGACCCUAAAAAACGCCUGUUGAAGCCAGGUGCCUUCCCUACAGUCUUCAGUCAUGGUGAAGGCGAUGCCAUGGAUGGUACGCCUACGACCAGUGCGCCGCGGUCAGCUGUGCAGAAGAGGGCACAUCAGCAGGCUGUAGCAGAGGCGGUAGCGGGAUACAACGUGUUGUAUGGAGAGGAGGCGGAGGAGGCAGCUGAGCAGGAUGAUGGUUUUGUGAUGGCUGAUGAAGGCCGAUUUGAGGAGGUUGGCAAUCACCUGAUAGAGGAUGCAGUACUGCCACAGAGUUUAGACGAUUUGCAGGUUUUGCCACAAGAACACCCUGAAACCUUUGCCAUUGGGACACAAGUUGGCUCCUCAGUCUCCAUGCGGUUUGCCAAGGCUGUCCAGGUCAAUAUUGUCACUGGGUCUCGGAACAAAGGUUCACAGACAACCUCCUGCACCGGGGAUAUUGGCUGGCAGGCAGAACCAGAAGUCCGAGAAAUUGCCAUUCAGACAGAUCUGUUUGACAUUGAUGUGCCAGUUUUCCAAGGCUUGAAACCAAGUGAUGAAGACAUGGAGGAUGAAGAGGUGCACUUUCCAAGUCAGGAAACGAUGAAGACUGAUGACAGUGACGAUGAAGACUGGGAGCCAUGUGAAGAUGAUUAUUGUCAAGAAUUUGAUGACUCGCUCCUUGAUGAUGAAAAAGUCACCAGCAUGACAAGUAGCAAGGCCCACAAGGAACUUACGCUGAUCCUCACUCAAAAGAUAUUGCUCAAGGACAUCAGAAAGGUUUCACCAGGAGUACAGACUUCAUCUCUUGAGUCGUAUCAUAAAAUUGUUGGUUAUUUCGCUCCCAAAUCCCGCCAUUUCUUCUAUGAGCCAAUGAAAGCAAGGUUACUGCUCGCCACACUCCACUUUAAUGAAAAUUCAAAUCGGAAACAGCGUAUGGGACAAGAUGAACAGCCGCAGUGGUCGAUUUCAUACCCCAAGGGGAGAGGAGGAGCUGCAGUAGCAAAAGAGGUCAAAAUUGAAUCAACAUAUGACUAUGUACAGCUAAUUCUGGAGGACCUGCUGAAGCGGAGAGAUGACCUGCCAUCUUACAAAUUGGCAAGAGAUGCAAAGGACAAGUACCAAGUGGCUCAUCCUAUUCCAGGUCCAGUGUGCUCAAAGUACGACAAGCAGGACAAGAUGAAAGUUGUAGAAGAAACAAAAACGAGGUUUAACAAACUGUAGAGUUCAUUCAUAGCACCAUCAGAGUUCACUAUCACAGAUCAAUUGAACGGUCACACCAAAUCAAUUGAACGUAGGAUACUUGAAUCCUGUGUACCCGUCAUUGUCCGGAGCAGGCCAAGCAGCACGUAUCUUGUCCCGAGCACAAACAGGGAGCGGCAAACGGUUCCUUCUCCCCAACCUCUUCCAAACCCAACGGACAAGGUUCCUAUAGGCCACGUAUCGAUAUAACCUGAAAUUGUUGGGAAGAAAACAAUGUUUGUACAUUUAAUUGA